AUGUUAUUUGCGAUUCUAGCAGAUUUUCUACAGGAAAAAGACAUGAUUUUGAAAGUUGCUGAGGCGAUAUUCGAUGAAACCAAUAGUUCGUCGGCAGGAAUUUGGGCUUAUGGUCAUGUUAAAGAUCCAAAAAAACUCGGUGAUGCCUUCAAGGAAAUGAGAAAAGAAUUCAGUUUUUUUUAUGCGGAUGCCAACAAAAGGAUGACUGUAGAUACCACGAAACUACACCCAGAUGACGGAAAUGUAGGGUGA